AGCCAUCUUGAGGCCCGCCUCGGUAGGCUGCUCCUCCAAGUGCUGUCUAGUUCUCCGCUGACUGCUGUCUCUCCCUCCCUUUUUAGGUACUCCAUACGUACCAACUCCAUCAGCUCACCAGUGGAAAAUCUUCUCUACUGCUCUCACUGCUUUCCAGGAGGUAUUUCUGACCAACAUCCUCCGUCUUCUGGGUGGCAGUCACCCUAACAACGCCCCAUCCUAACCACCACCUUCAAAGCUCGAAGUUACUGUGUAAGAUCUUUCCUGGCAGGUAUUUUGUGUCAUGUCUGCUGUUGCAGAGCAGGAACCUGGAUUACCUGACCAAGAGCGAGAAGGUGGUGAGAUGGGGCACGACGCCAGGCAAAUUGUCCUGCACGUGCUGCCAAUCGAAGAAGCUGCGGAUGACAUCGAUGGAACCGCAGCAUUUCUGGUUUCGCAGGCAGUGGUGAGAGCCAUUACUGAGGAAGAGUGUGGGCAGGAGGAGAUAUGGCCUGAUGUUGAGGAGGUCUGGCCACAUGUGGAAGAGGUCUGGCCCGCUGUCCAGGAUAUGUGGCCUGAAAUCGAAGAGGUCUGGCCUGAUGUUGAAGAAGAUUGGUAUAUCUGGAACGGUGACCAAGAAAAUGAUGAUGAAGAUCAGAGGAAAGAUGAAAAUCAACAGGACUACAAAAACGAAGAAGAGGAGGAAGACGAUGAUGACGAAGAAGAUGAUGACGAUGACUAUGAAUACGAAGAGGAUGAGGAGGAGAAGGAAGGGGAAGGGGAAGAUAACGAUGAAGAUCGUGGGGAGGAGAUUAUCCUUCAUGCCUAUUGAGGGCGAAGGAAGCUAUGGAUGAAGACAGAAUCAAUACAUUGGUUCCCUGUGGAUUGGAGAUCAUCUAACAUUCAUUAACACACGACAAAUUAAUGAUCAUCCUAUUCUAAAAUUCUUCAUCCACACAUAUAUACACUGAAAACUCCCCCCUCUGUUUAAUCAUUAAAUCAAAAAUAAAAGCAUUUCAAA